GACGGAAAUCAACUUGUCCAAUUGUGUUGAAGACUUUUUUGUUUCUCUUAGACUUGGUUUUAUCCGAUGACUUUGGGCAUAGUGGAGUGUUGUGUAGUUUGUUAAAGUAUUUGUAUGUUCUCAGACAAUUUUCAAUUACUUUCGGACGAGUUAGUUGUGUAUAUAUUUAAACAGUUGGAUAGUUUUUCACUAUUUCAAUGUUCUCAAACUUGUCGACGUUGGAGACGUUUGGCUACUGAGAAUAGAUUGUGGGAAAGACUUUCACAGCGUAUACCUUUAUUAAGAGUAGAGGAACUAUUUCAGGGUGACCAUAGGAAAGCUUGUUUACAUAGAGUUUUUCAACAGAGACUUCCUGUCAACCGAAUUCUAGCAACUCUAAAGGAUUCCACUAUAGUUACUUGUAAUCCUGAUGGUACAGAUAUUCAUAUAGUUGCAAAGGCGAGUAGUCAAGAAAACAACUUUAAGCAACCUUGUUGGGAUCCUUUUGGAAAGUCCAUUCUGUUUACUUACUUUCAAUCCUUUGCAAGUCAUAUUUGUGUCGUAGUGGAUUCGAAUGGGAAGCGAAAGGAGUUGGCCAUUUCAACUCCUCCUUUUUAUUAUCUUUGGUUUUCAGAUGGUAAUUAUUUUACUUUUAUUGCUGAACAUGGAGCUGCACCUUUGUGUUUAUAUCUUUCCAGUGUAUUGGAUGAGAUUGCAUUGCCUGUUGAAUUAUGCACUUUGAAUACAUUUUUCUUUGAUACUUGUUCACAUGAAGAUUAUUUAGUGGCACAUAUUAAUGGAGAUACUAUUGCUUUAUUGAAUUUGAAGUCUUUUAUAUCAUCAAAGCAUUUAUCUCAUCAAGAAAUGAAUAUAAGAGAAACAGCAGAAUAUGAGCAAUGUAGUAAAGAAGAGGCAAAACAAUCACAAGUCAUUCUGACUCAUCGUGCUGGUUAUUUUGCUGCACCACAAUGGAUAAGUAAUACGGAACAUGGUGACUUUAUUCUUUAUUUAGAACGAGAUGAUAACAUUCCCAGUGUAGAAGGAUUACAAGCUGACCGUUUAUUAUUAUCCAAAGUGAAUGUAGCGUUAAUGAAUAUUGAAUAUACGCUAGAGUUGGGAAGUUAUUUUGGUAGAAAAGCUUUUCAUAUGACAAGCCAUAUGAAAUAUAUUUCCAUUUUAGAAGAGUCAACUACUCAAGUAGCUUUACCCAAUGUUCAGAAUCCAACUACUUUACAAGUCUAUCAAUUGGAUAAUAAUUGUUGGAAUUGGGAGCCCAUUGUAUUUACUCAAGAGUAUUCUAUAUGGAAUGAGCCAUCGAUGGAGUUUGUUUCUAUACAAUAUUUUCAAGGAGUUCGUGCUUUUCAAUGGAGUCCUGAUCAUGAAAAGUUGUUGUGUUUAGUUAUUCAAUCACUUGGAGAGAGCCAUGAUAUAAGAGAAACCUUAUCUGAUAUGUCAACUGAAAGAAUAAUAACAAUAAUAAGAGGAGUAGUAGAAGAAGAAGAAGGAGGAGGAAGAAGAAGAAGAAGAAGAAGAAGAAAGUGGGAAUCUUAUUUUCUGGUAUUGGAUAUUCCCAAACGGAGUAUUUAUCGAUAUUCCAAUUUGAUAUUGAGUUGUACUUUUGUUUGUAAUUUUUUGCCAUUCUUUGACCAAUUUAUCAAGUCACAAACCUUUUGGUCACCUCAUAGUGAUGCUUUUUGUUAUGUUGGUCAACAUGAAAAUGCCAGUCGAUAUGGAAUAGAAGAAGAACAAGGAUUGUUCGUUCAAUAUCUUGAUCAGUCUCCACCAAAGUUGUUGUUGAGAAAUGUGGAAUAUGCAACUUGGUCUCCACUUUAGAAACUUUUUCAACGAUGAGAAAUAAGUUGUUUGGGUGUUGGUUUUCUUUUCUCAUCGGUUGA